AUGUCGCUAAGAAAUCGUACAGCACCCGGUCCCGACAGAAUAAGACCAGAACACCUGAAGAGCCUUCCGCCAGUACUCAUCAACACCCUGGCGAGGCUCUUUACACGUCAUCUGUCGGAAUGCAAGGUUCCUAAACAGUGGAAGACCAGCAAGACCGUGUUGUUGCAUAAAAAGGGAGAUCCACAUGACAUCGGCAACUAUCGUCCAAUCUGCCUACUGUCCGUCAUCUACAAGCUCUUUACAAGAGUAAUUCUUAAUAGGAUUGAAAAAGUCUUGGAUGAAGGACAGCCAUGCGAGCAAGCAGGGUUUCGAAAAGGAUUCAGCACGACUGACCACAUUCACUCUGUUUCGAAACUCAUCGAGAGUACAAGAUGCCGCUCUGUCUCACCUUCAUCGACUUGA